GGCGAGCGCGGGGGUCGGUGACUGAGGCACUAGAGGGAAGCGAGAGCCUGGCAGCCGAUCGCACCGUGUUGCAGCUCGGGCUUUUGGAGGGAUCAGCCAUUGAGUCGUCCGAGAAGAAGCGGGCACCGGCGCUGUUUGUGCUGGCGCCUGGGGGCGGGGGACUGGGGAGGUAGGAAGGGGGGUCGCUGCGGUGGUUUUCUGGCUGUCUCGCUCUCCUUGCCUUUUUGCCUUCUCGGUGGGCUCCUCCCGGCGUCUCCCUCGCCCCCGGGGCCCCGCUCCCCGCCCCCCGCGGUAUGUCUUGAUCUGGAGCAGCGGGUUUCAUGGGGCUCCUCAGGAUUAUGAUGCCGCCCAAGUUGCAGCUGCUGGCGGUGGUGGCCUUCGCGGUGGCGAUGCUCUUCUUGGAGAACCAAAUCCAGAAACUGGAGGAGUCCCGAUCGAAGCUAGAAAGGGCUAUUGCAAGACAUGAAGUCCGAGAAAUUGAGCAGCGUCAUACAAUGGAUGGCCCUCGGCAAGAUGCCCCUUUAGAUGAGGAAGAGGACAUGGUGAUCAUUUAUAACAGAGUCCCCAAAACUGCAAGCACCUCUUUUACCAAUAUUGCCUAUGACUUGUGUGCAAAGAAUAAAUACCAUGUUCUUCACAUCAACACUACCAAAAAUAAUCCAGUGAUGUCACUACAAGAUCAGGUGCGUUUUGUGAAGAAUAUUACUUCCUGGAAAGAGAUGAAACCAGGAUUUUAUCAUGGUCAUGUUUCUUAUUUGGACUUUGCAAAAUUUGGCGUAAAAAAGAAGCCAAUUUACAUUAAUGUCAUAAGGGAUCCCAUUGAGAGGCUAGUUUCUUACUAUUAUUUUCUGAGAUUUGGAGAUGAUUAUAGACCAGGGUUAAGAAGACGAAAACAAGGAGACAAAAAGACCUUUGAUGAAUGUGUAGCUGAGGGCGGCUCAGACUGUGCUCCAGAGAAGCUCUGGCUUCAAAUCCCAUUCUUCUGCGGACACAGCUCAGAAUGCUGGAAUGUGGGAAGCAGGUGGGCUAUGGAUCAAGCCAAGUAUAACCUAGUUAAUGAAUACUUUCUGGUGGGAGUUACUGAAGAGCUUGAAGAUUUUAUCAUGUUAUUGGAGGCAGCUUUGCCCCGCUUCUUCAGGGGUGCUACAGAACUCUACCGUACAGUAGGAAAGAAAUCUCAUCUUAGGAAAACCACAGAGAAGAAGCUCCCCACUAAACAAACCAUUGCAAAACUACAGCAAUCUGACAUUUGGAAAAUGGAGAAUGAGUUCUAUGAAUUUGCACUAGAGCAGUUCCAGUUCAUCAGAGCCCACGCUGUAAGAGAAAAAGAUGGAGACCUCUACAUCCUCGCACAAAACUUUUUUUAUGAAAAGAUUUACCCUAAAUCGAACUGAGUACAUGGUGGGACUAUUGGAUUUUUGAACUAAAACUUUGACCCUGUCUUCACCCUAGUUCUCAGCUCUACCACUUGGAUCGCUGAUAGGUGUAUAAGACAACUGGUAUUGAGCCGAGUUAGAAAACAGACAAUGACGUCAAAGAAGUAGAUGCUGGCUGGUAUGUCAGCGGUCUGAGAGGUUUGAGUUUCAGGCUUUGUUUUUAUUUGUUUGCUUUUCCUGGUUAAAUUUUGGUGGGAGUGACAACCUCCUGCCUAAAAUAAACAUAUAGCAGUUCUAAUAAAAAGGCUAAAUACAAUUUCAGAAAAAGUUCUGAUAUUCUGUUUUUUGAUAAAGCAUUUUUUCAACUAACCAUGAAUGAGUAUGAAUCCAUUUGCUACUUCACCUUCGCCUGGAGGUCUGGGUUAUACAGCGCCACUGAAUAUAGUGUUACUAACUGUUUGGCAGUGUGUGCUUUGUUUUUGUGAAUCAUGUCUCAUGAAAUUUAUUGGAAUGUUUGAACAUGUUUGCUAGGAAAUGUCUCUACUGUAGUUGGAAUUGCCCAUAUUUAUGUAGGUCAUGUUAAUUUCCUUUAAAAAUUAUUGUCAUUAGUGUUAAAAACCAAUUUAAACAAUUAUUAAUACAAGAAAGAGUCAAAGCAGUAUUUCUCAUUCCUGUCUCCCCAGUAUCUGAGACUGGGGAGACACUUCAAAGAAUGUUGACAUUGCCUGAAGUUUUAGUUAAGGCUUCCACAUAUUAAUAUUAAAAAAAGUAAGUUUAGUAUUUGUUCCUCCAUGGGUUAUUUGUAAAGCUAUAAACAGAUAUCAGUGACUCCAUAUUAUAACUCCAUUAGUGAGCUGUGGUAUGGGUAGGAUUUUCCUACUUCUUCUGUACUUUUACUUGUAGACUAUUUUUACUAAGGUGCUUUAUAAUGUGUUUUAAAGCAUUGCAUUUACAAAAAAAAAAGGAAAAUGCUGUAAAUAUUGCAUAUUUUAUGUAUUUGGACCAAAAGGUUAUAAGUAAUUAGACAAAAGUGGUUUUGCACCAAUUUUAUUACGUCGAGUAAAACCAUCAGACCUACUGUUCUUGUAUUUGUCAUUUAAGAUAUCACUGAAAUUUAAUAACCUUUCAAAUUUUAUACAUAGAACAUUAUUCAUAAUUGGGGGCGGUAAUUAUAGUGGAAAGAGUACUGGACAAGGAGUCAGAAAACUUGAUUUCUGGUCUGGCUCUGCCACUUAUCAGCUGUGUGAUCUUGGGUCAGUCACUUAACCUCUCUUUGCCUCAAUGUUGUCCUCAUCUGGAAAUGAGGGCGAUAAUACCUGCUGUACCUACCUCGCAGGGGUGUUGUGAGGAUUAAAUGAGAUGGCAUGUGAAAGCACUUUGAAAACUGUAAAGCGCUUUUACAGUAAAUAAAUGUAAGGUAUUACGGAAACAUCUUUAACAUAUAGUUUCACACCAUUCCUUUUUUUAAAAAGAAAGGGAAAGUCCACUUAUAAGAUGGUUAAAAAAAUUAAUCUUGAUAUAAAUUUGUGUCUGAUAAAUAUCUUCUCAGUGUUUUAUCUUCCCUGGUUCAAAUGUUGAAAUAUGAAACACCUGUGAAUUCUUAACGAUUCAUGAGCAGCUGCUUGAAUUCAGAAGGCUCCCUAGCUGUAAAAGACUUCAUUAGCUGACUAAGGGCAGGGGAAAAUUUGUUCUUCAAAUUUGGACAGUUUUCCUGUUUUUAUACCUCUGGUUUUUAAGGUAUAUUUUUGCAGAGUUUAAUUUCCCUGUGUGUUCUUUACUUUCUUCCCCUUCUUCGAGUGACAGAGAUAAAGAAUUUUAGAAACAUUUUUCUAAAAGAAUAACCUUUAAUAUGUAUAGUUUAAAUAAAUAUUCCCAAACAAGGCCUCACCAAACUUAUGUAAGAAUUUUAGGCAGGUUGCUUUCAAGGUUAUUAAUUGUAUGGGAGGUGAGGAGGCAGUACUACUAACCAAAAAGCAUUUAUUAACACAUUUAAAAGUUAAAGGGUUGACAGGAUCAUAUUUGUACCCUUUCCUGCCAGUAAUAGAAAAAUCUUAAGAGAACAUUGACAUGCAUACUUUUCAUAUUUGGCUUUCUUUCUUCUUUGUGUAUUUAUUAACUUCUACAGAUGUUUGUUGAAAAUAUAUAUGAAUUAUUUCCUUGCCCAAAAGUAAAGCACCACUUCAAGGUGGGCGCUUGACAUUUAUCUGCUAAAGAGCCCCAGUAUGUAGGUUAUUCUUGGAGGACAUGCUGAAAUCCUCUUGAGGUGCAUUAACUCUUCUAGGCAACUAGAGUAGCAUGUGCACUAGAUCGGGGGUCAGGAAACUUUGUUAAAUAAAGAUCCGGAGAGUAAAUACUUCAGGCUUUGUGGGCCAUAUGGUAUCUGUCACAAUUACUCAACUUUCCCAUUGUAGCACAAGAGCACCCGUAGACAAUACAUAAAUGAAUGAGCAUGGCUAUUUUCCAAUAAAACUUUACUACAAAAACAGGAGACAUGCUAGGUAUGGACCACAGGUUGUAAUACCCCUGCAAUAGGUCAUUGUUUAUGAAGAAGUCAUUUUUGAAUCUGUACUCUAAUGGCCUAAAAGAGUUUAUAUACUUCCCAAAGCUGCUAACUUAUAUCCAAAGAACAGCUUUCUGAUUCAGGCAGUGUCUCCCACAGAUUCAUAAACUUUUGUGACUUAGAUUGCUUCCAGGUGGGCUGUUUUCUUUCCCAUUUUAACAGUUCAGAAUAGGAGUUUAUUCUAUCAUCUUUUAGGGUGCGUUAGGAGUAUCCUUCCUGGAGACUGAGAAGGGGUUAGAUUUAAUUCCAGUGGUCCAAUACAGUCCUACAAGUCUGCCGAGCGCAGAGUCCUUAUAAUGCCUAACUUUAUAAUCAAAUAUGUAGAACCACUGAGACAAUAAUGUAUUUUUUUAAAGUGGUAAAUGUGGUUUUCUUUUUUCAGCCUUUGCGCUUUUCUGGUAUUUUGAUCAUAGGGAAAUUUUGUUUGUUUGUUUUAUAAUACAAAAGCAGAUCAACCACUUUGAAUUUUAAAAGAGAAUGUUCUGUGCGUAUGUGUGUAUGUAUAUCUAUAUGUUUAUUUCCUAAAAGAGGAAAAAGUACCUUUUUGUUGAACUUGUAUCACCUCCUGUUUUCUAAUUGCUGUGAAAUGGCAACUGUUCAUAAAUUAUUGUGACUUUUAAAAUGUAAUGGGGAGGAUAUAUUUUGAUUUUACCCAGCUUUAAUCUGUAAAGUAUCACUUAAAUAUACCUGAUAGCAACACUUAAGAUAUUGCAUGGGUUAUAGAUUACUUUUCUAUCAUUCAUACUCAUUUGUGCAACUUUGAACAUACUGGGUGCUUCUGAAUUCCUGGAUUUAAAUUACUGAAAAUCAGAUAACUUGAACUUACUGACUUUUAAACUUUAAAUUUUAUUUUCUACUUUUAAAAUUCAGUUAAUGUCUACAAUUUGAAAUCUACUGUUGCUCUUUCUCUAUGUAUGUCCUAUUGAAAAUUCCUAAAAUUCUUAGUGCCAUCCGUGAUUUACAGAUAGUAUUUUGAUAUUGCAGAUGAUUUGCUCAUUGUAUUUGCAUAGUUAGAAAGAAAAUAGUUUGUAGACAAUUAUUCUCUCUUUUUCUAAUAAAAUGAAAUAAAAGUUCUAAAAGCACUAGAGAAUUUAACUAAAGGCUGGUUCCCAAAUGCAUAGUUGGUAUUUUCGUUUAUAUUUAAAUUCUACAUAGAGAACAUCUGUGUAAACCCAUCUAUUUGCGUUUUCCCAGUGAUCAUUGUAAAACACACCUAUGGUCCUCGGAUCCUUUAUUAUGAGAAGCACCCGGUACUGUAACCUUUUAGGAAGUUUGUCUUUAAGAGGCCCAGGUGCUUCUAAUUUAUGAUUUGAAAACUUGCCUCUUCAUAAAUUAGUGCUAUUUAGUUUGAGAGGAAGCAGGGCAAUCGCUGUUAAAUUUUUGCAUCCAUUUGCCCUCUGCAGAGUUGCUGUCUGAUGCCAGCUGAGCUGCUCAGGCAGCCUUUCGAGGGGAAGAGCAACCCUGCUUCAGCUGCACUGCCAAUUCAGCUCCUCUGGAGUGGAGCUCACGUGCUGUUCUGAUUUCCUGAAGUGGGAAUUUGAGAGAUUGAAAUGGGUGAUCAUGUUAGUCAGAUUUAUCCUAUAAUUUAAGUUCAUGCAGCUUUGUGACCUUUGCAGUACUAUUUAUAAAAGGACCCUGUUGGGGAUGAUCUCUUUAAAACACAUUAGUGUUAAGCCUAUGAUUUAGACACACUGGUGCCGUCUAUCUGAUUUUACAGACAGCUUCAGGAGCUUUCUAUUGAGAGGUAUGCGAGCAUCACUAAAGCAAUGUCAAAUGUAAUUUUGAGAAACAUGGAUUGUGUAUAUAUAUUUUUUAUUUUAUAACUAUACAGACAGCUAAAGAGUGCCUUUUCCCCUCACAGUCCAUGUUGGAAGAUGCUGACUCCUUGCUCUGUCUCUGUUCUCUCCCCCUUCCCCCACCCCCCAUUCCGUUGAUUCAUUUAUGCAAUACUGUUUCCAACUUGAAACCAUUUUGUCACAUCUGCUGGAGAGAUAAUCACUCCUUUUCCUUAUUCUGCCAGCUUUCUGUUGUUGAAGUGUUUCAGUUGAUUACCUGAUGCAAAAGCUAUAAAAUA